AUGAUGACUGGUUCUGGUUCUCCUUGUGGAGCCUGUAAAUUCUUGAGAAGAAAAUGUAUUAGAGGUUGUGUUUUCGCACCUUACUUUUGCCAUGAACAAGGUGCUACUCAUUUUGCAGCAAUUCAUAAGGUCUUUGGUGCAAGUAAUGUUUCAAAACUUCUUGCACACCUCCCUGUGACUGAUCGUUGUGAAGCUGCUGUCACAAUCUCUUAUGAAGCUCAGGCUAGACUUCAAGAUCCAAUUUAUGGAUGUGUUUCUCAUAUUUUUGCACUUCAACAACAGGUGGUCCAUUUACAAGCACAAGUAGCUUAUAUGAGGGAACAAGCAGCUCAAAGGUGUCUCAAUACUUCAUUCUCUGAAAACCCUAAUGAAAAAAACUUUGUAAAACCUAGUAAUAUUCUCCCUCAAGAUCUUCAAAGUUGGUUCCAAAUGGAAAAUGAUUCCAACAUGAGUCCUCAAUUUCUUCCCAACUUGUCCUCCUCCACUACUAAUCUCUCAACAACAACACAAUAUUAUAAUGGGAAUGCUACAACUCUCAUGGACCUAAACCCUAUAAUUGGAAACUAUGAAAAUUCAGGAACUUUAGAAGAAAGCAUCUCAUCAUUUUCUAACUUUGAAGAGAGAUGUCAUAACUCAAUGUCCUGUCAUGACAUGCAAAGGCAGUGGACCUUUCAUGAAAUGAAUAAUUUUCAGUAA